CCUGUCUCUCUUCCCAUCACAUCGCCGGCUUCGUCGUCUCUGUCUGCGUCUCGGUAUCAUUCUGCCUCCUCGCGCUCACGCUUGCAGUCGUUCUCCGGCUCUAACACGUGUCAUCCAGCCCUUGAGGACAGAACUGUUUUUCUCUGAGCGUCCGGCUGUAGUCGUUUUCCUCUCCGGAGCUCGAGGGAGGGCAGCGACGCCAUGGAGCACAGUCACAUCUUCACCGUUAUGUCCCCCAACUCUACUUCAUGGGGUCCCGGCGGGUGCCCGCUCGGACAGUUGCCCGUCAUCUACUACAGUUCUCUGCUCUGCCUUGGCCUGCCUGCAAACAUCCUGACGGUGAUCAUCCUCUCCCAGCUGGUGGUGCGGCGACAGAAAUCAUCCUACAACUAUCUGCUGGCUCUGGCUAUAGCUGACAUCCUCGUUCUGCUGCUGAUUGUGUUUGUGGACUUUCUUCUGGAGGACUUCAUUCUAGGAGCUCCCCUUCCCCACUCUCUGAACAAGGCUGUGCAGGUGCUGGAGUUCUCCUCCAUCCACACCUCCAUCUGGAUCACCGUGCCCCUGACCAUAGACCGCUACAUCGCCGUGUGCCAUCCGCUGCGCUAUCACACCGUCUCCUACCCGGCCCGAACCCGCAAAGUCAUCCUGGCCGUGUACGCCGGCUGCCUGAUCUCCAGCGCUCCGUACUACUGGUGGCCGGAGCUGUGGCACGGGCUGCCGGGAGCGGGCGGCGGCGGGCGCAGCAGCGCAGGGCAGCACGUGCUGGUGUGGAUCCACUGCGCCACUGUGUAUCUGCUCCCCUGCUCCGUGUUCUUCUCUCUCAACGCCAUCAUCGUAUGGAAGCUCCGUUGCAGGCGUAGCUGCUUCCGUCUGCGUGGCUACUCCACCGGAAAGACCACAGCGAUCCUGCUGGCCAUCACCUCUGUGUUCGCCGUGCUGUGGGCACCACGCACUCUCAUGAUCCUUUAUCACCUGUACACGGCGCAGCCGGCGAUGCCCGGCUCUGCCCGACUGCUUCACCUGGUCACGGACGUGGCAAACAUGCUGGCGUUGCUCAACACCGGCGUCAACUUCUUCUUGUACUGCUUCAUCAGCAGGCGCUUUCGCCGGAUGGCCGCCGCGGUGCUAAAGGCUUUGUUCCGAUGUAGGAAGCAGCCGCCUCCUUUUUACGCCAGUCACAACUUCUCCAUCACCAGCAGCCCGUGGAUCUCACCAGCAAAUUCGCAUUGCAUCAAGAUGCUGGUGUACCAGUACGACAAAAACGGCAAACCCGUCUGCAUAUCUUCCUGAACGCUGUAAAAUAUCAAUCCCAGAUAUUCUUGAGUCGCCAGGCAAGGAGACGUCUUGCCCAACCUUGAGAAGAAGGUUAAUGAUGGUGAGCAGAUGGCAGCAACUGGCAGUGCCUCAAUAAGAAAUCCAGUUUCAGGUUUAAAGACAUCUGAGGUUGGCCAAAAACGUGGUUUCGACAGGCGGAUUGGCCGGUAAGCCAUGAACAUGCCAAUGCCUUUCAGGACAUCAAUGCAAAAAAGGUCGCAACCUCAAAGUGAAAUCGUGGCUUGCACGUCAGUACAUUUUAAGAUCUCCAGCAUGUUUUGAUGCACACCAAAGCAAGAUGAUGAAGGUCUGCACAGAUGACAUGUUACUGUAUGUGAACCAUCUUAACACUCUUACCUUUUAAAUAAGGGAGGAUGGAAAGCCCCUCCCUCAAAAAACAAUGGUGACAUUUUCAUCCAAUAUGCUGUCGGUCUCCAAGGGCCUGUCGCAAAUGGCACAAGCUAUUAAAGAAUCAUCCCUUUAGAUAACGAUCAGCGCUCAAAAAAGUGCUUCAGUAUCGCUGUCUGAUGAAGAAUAAUGACACAACAUAAGUACACAGACUCGGCUUUAAUAAUCUUGUGGUGCAACUGACUGUUACAUGUACAAUAAAAGCAAAAAAGACUUUUAGGGAUAACGUAUUGUUUAUCAUUUGAAUCAACGUUUAAAGCAACAGACAUUCAUUGCUCAGUAUACAGAAGGAUUUUCUUUCCAACAAUUAUCAAGACUUUGAAACACCCAGCACACACACAAACACAUCCAUCCUUUUCCGGGUGACCCCGAGAAGUACUUUCCAAAUAAACCAGCUGAGGAAUGAGCUGCUGGAGAAAACCACGUUUAUUUAUCUUCACACAGCCUGCCAUCUGGAGCGCUUUAACUGUGCUGAAUAUCUGAGAUAUAUUCAAACCAUACAGGGCACAGAUGAGGUAGACAGCAUAAAAUGUGCGAUCUGAUGAGACGCGGUCAGAAUCAGAACAAGUGUGAGGAAUUUGUUAAGGUUUUGUUCUCGAUUCAACCAGAAAACAAAACACGGGUCGUCUGAAAGGUCAUGAAAUGUAAAAUGAGAAAAAUGAAAUUAGACUUUCUAUCGAAGUGAAGUCCGUGUCUGUUAGUUUUGAAACCCGCUGCAGGUUUGUGGACUUUUGGAAGUUACAGUACAUGUUGAGAAUAUUAGUCUUCAGUCUUGGUCACAGGUGCUUAUACACAUUUAUGUCAGAUAUUGUCUCCUAAACCACCCUUGGAUGGUGUUGUUGUGUUUGUUACUUGACAAACGCAGCAUUAUUCAAUCAUUGUUAAAUCAACACAGCCAUAAAAAUUCAUUUAAAAUACUUAACAGAUCAGAUUUUAAAACUUUACUCCAAUUAUGUUCCUAUUUAUUUCAAUUAUUAUGCGUAUAUAUAGUAUAUCUUAAUAUUUGGUGCUAUUAACAAUUUUUAAAUCUACGAUGUGGGUGAAAAAAUCUGUCUUCAUCUGGAAUUAAUAUAAAUGUCUGAGAUUGAAACUAUUUGAAAAUGGGUCUCGCAGACCUGAACAUCACACAAGAGUGAACAGCAAAUCUUUCACUGUAAAUUGACAUUUGCUGAUACUUAUAGAAAUAAGUUGGAAUGUGUUAACUAACUUGAUGAUUUGAAGUGAUGUAAAAACAUUUAAAAACGUAAAAUAGUAAGUUGAAAUGACAUACUAAGUUGAAACUACGAAGUAGGCAACUUGAUUGCGUUUAAAGGAACAGUUCAUAUAAUAAAAAUAAAAAAAAUCUGUCAUAAUUUACUCAAUCUCGAAUUACAAAUCUGUAAAUGACUAUUUGGAAGAAUGCUUUUGUAACCAAUCAGUUCUUGGACCCCAUUGACUCCCAUAGUAGGAAAAAUGACAAUGGUAGUCAAAAGAGCCCCAGAACUGUUUGUUUUCCUACAUUCUUCAAAAUAUCUUCUUUUGUGUUCAUCAGACAUUUAUGAAGCAAUGGAACUGUUACAAGCAUUCUUCCAAAUAUCUUUCUCUGUGUUCAUCAGAUUUCCAGAUCCAGAUCUGGAACGACUUGAAGGUGAGUAAAUGAUGACAGAAUUUUUAUUUUUGGGUGAACUGUCCCUUUAAGGCCGUAAAAAAAUGGUUGUAAAGACGAUUAUAUUGCAUUUCUGUCAAUACCAUCUACAGGAAAGACAUUUAUUGAACAAUUUCAUGGGAUCUGUCAAAUCUAGCAAGUAUGUAAUAAAAACAGUUUCCUAAUAUGCAAUUAUUUGGCGAUUCAGCAUUUACACGUUAUUAUUGCUGUUGUGAUAUCAAAACUUAUCUUAAAGUGUAAUAUGGAGCUGUACUGUAAAGUCAUUUAGGCUCAGUAGAGAGGUCAGAAGCUCUUAUAUUGGUGAGCUAUAGGGUUUACCUGUAACCUGUAUGACACAGGCACAAAGAACAUAUACUAUUGUAUGUUAGAUAUGUAUAAAAUACAUAUUACGCAAAUCUAUAGACUAGAUUGGACGGCUGCUGUUAAUGUGUCUAUUCUGUACAUGAUCCGAAGCGAUUUUGAUCAUCUAAUUUAUUUGAUUUGAUUUUGUUCUAAUCAAGACAGCAUUCACAUUUCUUCCAUCCACAUAGUAUUUGCAUUAGCCUUGAAAUAGCUUUGACAUUUAUUCACAAAGAACCCAAGGUUGUGUAGAUUCCUGCAAAAAAUGAUUCACAGAAUCCAAACGAUUGAAGGGCCAUUAAAAAUGACUAAUAAAUAUUUGACCAGCAUUCUCUUCAUCUCUGAAACGCCAGGGUUUUUUUCAGCCUCGGUCCUAGCUGCCGGGAGAAAGACACAUAUGUUAAAGCCACGAUCAGCUUGCAAAAAAUCAACAUUACAAAGUGUGAAAAAUGUAACCUUUCAACCCGUGUGCUAUUGUCACUUCCACUUAUGUGGUUUGUAGGACUUUAAGGACCGGUUUCACAGAUAUGGCUUAGCUUAAGCCAGGACUAUGCCUUAGUUGAAUUAAGAUGUUUAUGUCGCUUUUAUAAAACUGCCUUAGAAGAAUACAUUACUGGUGUGCAUCUUGAGACAAAACAAUGACACUGAUAUAUUUGAAGAUAUUUUGGGGCGUUAUAUUCUAUGGAGCCCCUUUAGGGACAUGGGGUGGAAAAAAUAUGAGAGGGAAGAGAAAAUAGAAAAUAGAUAAAAAAAUUUAAAGGUUUUGCGUUAUCUCGCAAAACUUUUGCGUUCUCUGGCAAAACAUUCAAACGUCCUGUUGUCCCGCUCCGUACAUUAACAAUGGAAUGGUUCAGAGUAGAUUCCCGGACCAAUAACUCGUGAGCUAAACGUUGUUAUAACACAAAUAACACAUAAUUCCUUAGACAAUGAUCUACAACCUAGUCUUCCUCAAAACAAGAAUAUAAAUUGAUCUCUAUAUGAGCAGGCGACAUGGACCAAAGAAGCCGUCAAAGAAACCGUCUGCAAAGCGACUGUAAAUCCGAAAAGCGUUAAUACAAAAAUAGUCAUUAAUAACUUAAAUGUUACACACUGUGGUCUCACCAUAUUCAGAUUACACAUUAAUGCUCUCCUGCUGAAUUUAAACUGGUUUUAGUUAUACUACAGCAUGUAGCACUGAAGUUAAUUACUAUUUUUCGUAGCCUAAUGAUCUUCGGGUUUUGCACUUUACAGACGAUCCCUUCGGUCUUGUCUCAGCCGGCUCCCGCCUGAGAUCAAUACAAGGCUCGAUUGUGUAUAAGAACGUUUAGCUCACGAGUUAUUGUUCCGGGAAUCUGCGACUAUAGACCAAUGUCUAUGUACGGAGCUAGUCUUAAAUUCUGCCAGCGGGACAUUAAACAUGAAGUGUUCAAAAUGUUUUGCGAGAGAAUGCAAAAGUUUUGUGAGAGAACGCAAAAGUUUUGCGAGAUAACGCAAAACCUUUUAAAAAAUAUUUUCUCUUCCCUCUAAUAUAUUUUUCCACCCCAUGUCUCUAAAGGGGCUCCGUAAUAUUCAGUUAAGACAGGUCACGCAUUCCUUUUAUAGUCUGAGACUAGCCUUAAGCCUUGUCUGUGAAACCGGGCCUAAAGGUUUUAUUUUUGAACACGUACCCGAAAAACAUUGUACAUAUAAAUGAUGUUUUAGAGGCUGUGUAUGGAGAUGGAUGUCUGGAACAUAUUUGCAUUGUUUCUGAUCAGAAAUGGUUUUGAAUUUUCUUUAAGUAAAUUAUUAUUUCUAUGUUUAGGCCAUGUGAAUGUGUCUGUGUAUUUCAAUGAAUGUAUAUGUGCUGGAAACUGGCAUGCAAAUAAUGUAUAUUUUCUUGAACACAUUAAAAACGUAUCCUCGUUUAAAUAAUAUGAUUGAGUUUCAUUUUGCUUAUUUAUUG